GCUGCAGGGGGAGGGAGGGGGUCGGGGGCGGCCCGAGGGAGGGAGGGAAAGGGGGAGGAACUUCCCAAAGUUACAAAACAUGGCUACCUUCCCUACGGAUCCGAGCGCGGGCCCUGCCGGCGGCGGGGAGCCGGCGGUGGCGGCGGCUGAAGAGGCAGCGGAGGACGAGGAGGAGGAGGAGGAGGAAGAGGGGGAGGGGGACGAGCAGACGGCACGGCGGCUGCUGCACACCCUGCAGGCGGCCGAGGGCGAGGCGGCGGCGGCUGGGGCCGGGGAGGGGCCGGGCGCCCCGCCGCUCGAACCACCGCCCCCCGCCGCCUCGGUUCCGGCCCCCGGCCCGGGGCCCGCGCCCAGCGGGGGGCUGCGCUUUUCGGCCGAGCAGGUGUCCUGCGUGUGCGAAGCCCUGCUGCAGGCGGGCCACGCGGGCCGUUUGGGCCGCUUCCUGGGCGCGCUGCCUCCCGCCGAGCGCCUACGUGGCGGCAGCGACGCGCUUCUGCGCGCCCGGGCGCUCGUGGCCUUCCAGCGCGGAGACUUCGCCGAGCUGUACCGGCUGCUGGAGAGUCGGCCCUUCCCCGCUGCGCACCACGCCUUCCUCCAGGACCUCUACCUGCGCGCCCGCUACCGCGAGGCCGAGCGCGCCCGGGGCCGCGCGUUGGGCGCCGUCGAUAAGUACCGACUGCGCAAGAAAUUCCCACUGCCCAAGACCAUUUGGGACGGCGAGGAAACGGUGUACUGCUUCAAGGAGCGCUCGCGGGCCGCGCUCAAGGCCUGCUACCGGGGCAACCGCUACCCAGCCCCGGAUGAGAAGCGCCGCCUCGCUGCGCUCACCGGCCUCUCACUCACGCAGGUCAGCAAUUGGUUCAAGAACCGACGGCAGCGCGACCGCACCGGGGGCCCCGGCCCGGCGGCGGCGACAGGAGCGCCGGCCAGGAGCGAGUCAGACGGGAACCCCAGCACCGAGGAUGAGUCCAGCCGCGGGGCUGAGGACCUGGAGCCUGGGGCAGGGGCACCCCCGGGGGGCCCGGAGGCUCCUGCUUCUGUCUUCCUGGCCGGAGCAGGGGCUCCAGCCGCACCCCCGGCCGCCUCAUCUAUCCUGCUCAACGGUGGCUUCUUGACUGCCGGCAGCUCCCCGGCUGUGCUGCUCAAUGGUGGAUCCGUCAUCAUUAACGGGCUGGCGCUGGGGGAGGGCCCCGGCCUGGCCCCGCUCCUGCUCUCCGGGGCUGCCGGAGGAGGCGGGCCGCCACCUGCCAGCCCCCAGACCCCGGCUCCACUUCCCUCCCUACUCCAAGUACCCCAGCCCGGAGACCUGAAGGCAGAAGAUGCCCCGCCAGAGGAUGGGGGCUCCAAAGGGAACCCAGCGCCCGGGGAGGAAUCCCAGCCCUUCCAGGGGCUGUCCCUCUCCCAGGUGGUGCCCGGCUCCCAGACCCCUGCAGCCCCAGGCCCCCCGGCAGCAGCGCCCUUUGCUCCUCCUGCAGCCCCGACGCCGGCUGGCCCAGGGCCCCAGGUGGUCCCGCUGUCGCCUCCAGGGCCCGGAGCUCCCCUUCCCGCCCCCCAGGUGGUCCCGCUCUCUCCGUCGGGCCCCGUGUUCCCCGGGGCCUCCCCCUUGGUUUCCCUUCCCCAGGUGGUGCCCACGUCGCAGGUGGUGACCCUGCCCCAAGGCAUGGGCUCCCUACAGCUGCUGGCUGGGCCUGCGAGCCCCGUCAAGGUGGCGGCGGCCACGGGGGCCACCUUGGGCCAGGCCAACGUCCACCUCAUCAACCCAGGAAUGGGGGUUGCCACUUUUCAGCUGCCUACGGCCACCCCAGGUAACUUCCUGUUGGCCAACCCCGUUUCCAGCAGCCCUAUUGUGACGGGGAUGACGCUUCAGCAGGGCAAGAUCAUCCUGACUGCCACCUUCCCAGCCAGCAUGCUGGUCUCCCAGGCCCUGCCGGCCACCACCACCGGCUUGGCUCUGCCCGUCAAGCAGGAAGCCCCGGCUCCUGCGGCCGAGGGACCGCCCCUGGCCACCUUCUCCGGCCAGCCCCAGCCGCCUGCGGUCCCCGCCGCGGCCGGCCCGACCUUCUCCUCGGACUCCUCUGGCCUCUUAACCAGCGUCCCUGUCCCUGGCGUCCCUUGGCCCGGGGGGCUGGAGUUGGGGGUGGGAACGGAGGGGCUCUUCGACAUGGAGAAAGGGCUGGGGGCGCCUGCCUCCCAUUCCCUCCUGAGGCUGCCCGAUGGCCAGGGCCUCCUGCUAGGGGACGCAGCCGGGGAGGAUGGGGAUGAACUGGAGCCUGAGGAUAAAGUCUUGACCCAGCUGCAGUCGGUGCCUGUGGAGGACCCUCUGGAGUUAUGAUGGGAUCUGGGGGCCCACCUGUCCCCCCACUCGCCAAACGAGGUGCUUUGGAGACGGACCGUCCGCCCCGAAGGCCGAGCCUACACAGAUGUUGCCGUCUUCCAGAUGAGAACACUAAUCGCCCCCCUGCGGCCUCCGAGCCUUGGCCAGGCCCCCUCGCAUUCCCCAAGAGCCGAGGCUUCGGCCCUGCCCUCCCGGAGCCGUUUUUAGGGGCCCGAGGCUGGCUGCAGGUCGGUCCCUAGCAAUCCGGUACUGGUCGUGAAUCGUCGGUGCAAGAACACUACGGCCCUCGGGCCCAUCCUCUCCUCGGCCCGUCCCUGCCUGCAAAUGGCCGUCCUCGUUGUCGUCAUUGUCAUCGGGGAGGGGGUGAGCCGCGGAGCUCGCAGUGUCUGGGUGGCGGCCCUGAGGGAACCCGGACCAAAGAGCUCCCGACCUUGGUUUGUGCCUCCCCAAAUCUGUCUAUUUUUCUAGGAUGUGUGACUGCCUCCAUCUCAAUAAACCAGACCCGCAAAUGCGGGGCGGGGGGGGGGGUGCAGGGAAGGCAGGCCGGCGGGCUUGGCGGCCUGGCCUUGGAGCUAGGCUGCCGCCGUCCAGAGCCGCCUCCUCGCCAGGACCAUGAUCCAGCCCAGGGUUCUCCAGGAAAGGGCCUCGAACAAGGGCCAUUUUAUUUUGCAAACAAUAAAUAAUCCAUGAAUAGAA